AGAUGCUUUCGCUCUCCAAUCCGCUGGCGCAUCUCAGAAUGCGCUGGGCGGAUUUUGGCUCUUGUUGGACCUUCUCUGGCUGGCAAAUCCGCUGAGCGUCCUGCGCUGGGCGGAUUCUCUUCUUCCAAUAUUUCUUUUUCUCUUCCUUCAAAUCCUGAAUCAAAGAACAACUUGGGAGAAUAG